UAAAAUUGGCUUUGACGAGAAGAUAAAAGUCAGGGCAAGAAACAAAUGUAUCUAUAAUUAAAACAUUCGAUAUUAAAAUUUCUUUUUUGAAAAACUAGCGACGCUGUUUAAAAUAUUAUAUAUCGCUUGAAAUACAUGAUUUUCCAUUCUCUCAAUUAAACAUAUUUAAUUUCUUUGCCAAAUCACCUGAAAAUAUAUUAUUAUGUAAACACGGUUAAAGAGUUAUCUACCAAUAGAUUUGCUGAGUUACAAUUUAUCUAUAAACUAAAUAUUUAGUUCUAAAGUCAGCUUACAAUACUUCACACGUUUUAAACAACGAUAAUUUUUUAUAAAAUAAUGGAAUAUUUAGUUUUAUUUUUAAUGGGAUUAUUUUCUAGUUAUUGUAUAAUAAAUUCUGAAAUAAUAACACAAUUUCGCCACUGCGCACAUAGUAAUUGUACUAUAACAAACCUUAAUAUUAAUCCGUGCCCUGAAGCUUUAUAUAACAAAUCAUGUGAAAUUUUUUUGGGAAAUAAUGUAACAAUAACAUUUGACUAUUUUCCUUAUUUUAAUUCACAAGAACCAAAAGUUUCAUUAAGUAAAGUAAAACAACUCAUAGAUUAUCCAUUGCUUGAAAAUUAUCAUGACGGGUGUUUAUACACAAGCUGUCCAAUACAGAAUAAUGUCUUGCAAAAGUUCAAAAUUGAAAUUAAAGCAACAGAAUCUGUACGUAUGGGUGUUAAUCGAACAAAAUUAAGACUUUGGGACUCUAGUCAUACUAGAAAAACUGACGAUGAAUGCUGUAUAUACUUCUCCAUGAAAUUUGUAGAAAAUACGUCAAUAUAAUUGUAUACUUAAUUUAUUUAUACACCUAUUAAUUCAUUUAUUUGUCAUAAUUAUAAGAAAUAAUUAUAAAUAUAACACGGUAAAUAUUAAAUACAUUUUUGUUAUAAUGCAAUAAAGAUAAUAUAAUUAAUGCGAGAUAUAAUAUACCUCACCUUUACUAAU